CCAACUACUCGUAUUAUCAGUUCGUGGGGCCAAUUUCAAAUACCAAAAUGUUUAAUUGAAAUGUCGAAUAAUUUUCGCAUGACCAUUUCCUUGGUAUGAAAUUCCGUCCGUUUUGUAGAAAAAAAUUAUUCAUUCGUCGCAUUAUAGGCCUAAUUGAUCUCCAGCUUUAAGAACCCUAUACCAUACCCAAUAAUGUGCAAACAUUCCUCGAAACAUGCUUAAUUAUUUUUCGAUCACGUUUUUACUCUCAAUCGCGAUACAUUCGACAUCAUCGCAGCAAGAUAUUCCUAGUGAAUAUACCGAAGCUGUUCGAAAUGGAAUCUUCAAUUUCGGAGUCAGAUUAAAUUCGAUCAUUCAAUCAGAAAAUACAAACUACAAGAACAUCGUGUUCUCUCCAUUCAGUAUUUACACAGCUUUAGCUUUACUUCAUUAUGGAAGCGAUAGCUCUACCAGAGAUGAACUCGGAAGUGUUUUAGGAAUACCUAGAUCUUAUUCAUUAUUCAAGAUCCAUGAAACCAUACAAAGUAUUUUGAAAACCUUGCACACUGAUCGGCUGAUUUAUUCACUCCUUCCGGAUCUCACGCUGGGCAAAGCUAACUGCAGUCAUUUCCAUUUCGCCCAAGGUAUUUUUGCUCAAAAUGGAGUAAAGCUGAAAAGAAGUUAUGUUACUAAUACCAAACCUUUGUAUGGCAACGAAUUGGUCUACGUCGAUUUCCAAAAUAAUGGCCAAGAGACAGCUGAUAUCAUAAAUACGUACGUUGCAAAACAUACCGACAAACGAGCACCAGAUUUGUAUACACUUACACCACCGCCAUCGCAUACAAAAUUCAUUGUGGAAAGUUGCGCUUAUUUUAAUGCAAUCUUCGAAUUGAGAUUUCACAAGAAGAAAACCAAAUAUGGUCUAUUCUACAUGGAUAACGGCAACACGUCGAUUGCUCGUCUUAUGCAUCGAACCAUGGAAAUGCCUUACGCCAACAUCACAUCGCUAGGUAUUCAAGCAGGCGAAAUUAUAUUCGGCGAUAACACGUAUUCGUUAUUUUUAGUCCUUCAACGAAACAAGAAACAAACGUUGACCGAUUUCAUGCGUUCCAUUACUACGGAUACGAUCAAAACCAUCAUAAGAGAGACUGCAAAUCGUACCGAAUACGUUGACCUUUUACUUCCACGAUUCAAUAUCAGAUGGUCUCAAAUGGUUACUUCGCAGCUUACGAAUCUCGGUCUCAAAGAAAUGUUCGCAGAUAAGGCCAAUUUCAAGAAUAUGUUCGAUGAAACCGAUUGCAAAAUUGACGAUGUUGGACAUAGUACUUAUAUCAAUGUAAUGGAACAUGGUACUGAUAGUAAUGCUACGAAACCAAUCAUACAUAGGCCUGGAUUGGUGUACAUGGAAAGAGAAUUUUUCCAUUUGAACGAAGCGUUCUUCUUUUUCGUGUAUCAUCGAACGACGAAAACUGUUUUAUAUUAUGGUGUUAUGCAUGAUCCUAAUGAAGAUGGUCUCAUUAACUUGCCUUUGAAGUCAUCCCAAUGAGAUUGAAAUUAAUUUGUCAAAUUGGCCUGUUUGCGAAAUACCAAGACCAAGAGUGCCUAUCUUCGCUUUUCUAUUUCAAUAUCAGAAUUGGAUAACUUUUCCUUUCUCGUUUCUCCAUUCGUCGUUGUCAUUUGUCAAUAUCCCAUUUUUUAAAUUAUGAAACAAAAAUAACGAACAAUGUAUUAUGUAUUCAAUAAGAAUUAUAAAUAAUUUAUUAAAUUCUGCUGAAGUGUC